UUUUGUACUUUGCGGUGUUGGACACAUGGGUGGCAGAAACAGCAGAAUGCUAACAGGUCUAAGGCCACUGAUUUUCUUACAACACAGAGAAAAAUAGAAAAUUGUCACAUUUAAGAGUCUGGAAACAGAACGAUAUUUCCCACAGCUGUGCUGGCAGGAGCUAAUUUUUGGUGUUUGCUUUACAUCCAUCGUGUUGGUCUUAGUUUUGGUUCGACUGUUGUAAGUGUAUGCAGCACUAAUACUGUUUAUAUUUGGUUAUUGGAUCAUCAUAAUGAUGGCUUUACUUUUACGCACCAGGCUUUAUGCUUUUUUUUCUUAUGUGCAUUACAAUGUUCGAUGUUCUUACUGUGGUGGUCCAGUACUCCUAAAUGAGUGCAGAUGACAAACUGGAGAAUUUUGGACUUUUUGCAUGUGAACUGACUCAAAUUAGUAAUUUUUCUGCCCAAUUCAGACUAUACUCUGUAGACAUAAGUUUACUUGGGUGCAUUAUUUAUACUACCUGGGACAUUGCAGCCUAUUAGGAGUAAGGGAUAUUGGCGUUGGGUGACACCAAGCUGCCUGAGCUGCCAGGAUGCCCAGACUUGUACAGCGUUCAGCCUUGAAUUUACCUCAGGUUUGGGUUAAGCUGUGUCUGUUGCACACACAGUUCACAGCAGGUCAGAGUGGUUCUAAUGUGCCACCAUCAGGGCUUCACAUUCUCCCCACCUAAUCACCCAUGUCACCCCGUCGAGCUGAUCAGAGGAGUGAGUCAUUUCAGAUGUGUGCGAGACAAAAGCACAGACAAACGUCUUAUCUCCGAGUCUGGGAAGCUCCUAAGUAACUGAGUCGAAACUCUCCAUUUGUUAUGUAAGAUGAAAGGCUUUCUUGCACAGGUACAGCAUCUGUGCGGGCAAAUCUUGCUCACAGACGCUUUUUGACAAACACUUUGGCUGCCUCCAUCAGCAUCCCUCCUGUCCUCUCCAGCACAUAUCCUCCUAAUUCUGCGUCAAAAUGGAUGUCUGUUGUCUUUUUUCUGCCUGCCCAUGUUGAGCUGGGAGAUUAGAGCAAUCAGAUUAGGAGUGCUGCUGACCUGCAGGCAGAGGAGAGAGAGAGAGAGAGAGAGAGAGAGAGUGGGCAGCUAGGAGUUGCUCAGAGCUCUUCUACCUUGCUUAAUGUUUUCCAUCACUUCAGCUUGUUUGUGAAGCCGUUUCUCUGGAUGUCAUACGACUUUUAUAUCGUUUCAUAAGAGGUUGGUCACAGUCUGAUGACCCCUUCCAGGGGUGAAGCUGUGGAGCAAUGAAGACAGGCUCCCAAAUCCGCCUGUUACUGUGGAAGAACUGGACCCUCCGCAAGAGACAGAAGGUCCGCUUCCUGGUUGAGAUCUUCUGGCCAGUGUUGUUAUUCAUUGGUUUAGUGUGGCUGAGGAAGGCAAAUCCUCUGUACCAACAACAUGAAUGUCAUUUCCCCAACAAGGCAAUGCCCUCAGCAGGGAUUCUGCCCUGGAUCCAGGGCAUCUUCUGCAAUGCCAACAACCCCUGCUUCAGAUACCCAACCAGAGGAGAGUCUCCAGGCGUCGUCUCCAACUAUAACAACUCAGUAUUGGCAAGGUUCUAUGCUGAUGUCCAGGAGCUUCUGCUCAAUGAGACGGAGGUCCAGCAGCUCGGUCGUCUUUGGCACGAUGUGUCGUCCUUCUCAAACUUUAUGGAUACGUUACGCAACAACCCAUCUGUGCUGUCAGGCCGUGGCUUGAAGAUAGAUGAUAUUCUGAAGGAUGACGAGGUUCUCACAGCCUUCCUUUUGCGAGAUGCCGGCCUCCCGGAGUCCAUAGUCUACCAGCUUGUCAAUGCAAAAAUCCGACUAGAACAGUUUGCCUUUGGUGUCCCGGACCUGCAGCUGAAAGACAUAGCCUGCAGCCAGGCCCUGCUGGAGCGCUUCAUCAUCUUCCCCAGUCGCAUGGGGCUCCACGGGGUCCGCAACGCCAUGUGUGCCAUGAGCCAGCAAAGGCUGCAGAAGAUAGAGGACAUCCUGUAUGCUAAUCUGGACUUCUUCAAAAUCUUCAAACUGAUGCCUCAGGUUAUGGACAGCAGCUCACAGGGGAUUGACCUGCACUUCUGGGGACAGGUUCUUAAAGCGACGUCGGAGAAGAUCCAAGUUCUGAUGGAGCGGGAGAGCUCUCAGGAGCUCCUGAAGGCCCUCUCCUCUCUGUUUCAAGCCGGGGGUCCCUCCUCAUUCACCCAGCUGAUGUCCAGCGUGUCCAGCCUGUUCUGUGGAUACCCAGAGGGAGGCGGCUCCAGAGUCCUGUCCUUCAACUGGUACGAGGACAACAACUACAAGGUGUUUCUGGGGGUCAAUGGCACCAAGAGCCACAAAUACGUCUAUGACGACUCUGCCACUCCCUUCUGCAACGCCCUGAUGCAAACCCUGGAGUCCAACCCUGUUACAAAAAUUGUGUGGAAUUCAGUCAAGCCCCUGCUGAUGGGAAAGAUCCUGUACACCCCCGACUCCCCUGCCGUCCACAAGAUAUUAAAGAGCGCCAACACAACCUUCGAGGAGCUAGAGAGGUUGAAGAACCUGGCCAAGGCUUGGGAGGAGUUGGGACCACAGCUGUGGACGUUCUUCCACAACAGCGUCCAGAUGAACAUGAUCAGGGACACCCUGAGAAACCCCACAGUGAUGAACUUCAUAGACGAAAGUCUCGGAGACACUAACUUAACCACCAAAGACGUUCUUAACUUCCUGUACAACGGUCCAGAGGACUGGAGGGAGCCGGGCAUGCCCAACUUUGACUGGAGGAACAUUUUUAACGUUUCUGACCAGAUCAUACGCAUGUUCAACCAGUAUGUAGAGUGCAUCAAUCUGGACAAGUUUGUGGCUUACACGGAUGAGUCCCAGAUGAGCCUUCAGGCCUUGUACCUGCUGGAGGAGAACAAGUUCUGGGCCGGCGUGGUCUUCAUGGACAUGUAUCCUUGGACCACAAGUGUACCCCCGCAUGUCAAGUAUAAAAUCCGUAUGGACAUUGAUGCAGUGGAGCGCACCAACAAGAUCAAGGACAGGUACUGGGACCCUGGGCCCAGAGCGGACCCCAUGGAGGACCAGAGGUACAUCUGGGGAGGCUUUGCCUACCUGCAGGACAUGAUCGAACACGGCAUCAUCAAGCUUCACACGGGCAACGACUGGCCGCUCGGGGUCUACAUCCAGCAGAUGCCGUAUCCAUGCUACGUUGAUGACCUCUUCAUGAUCACUCUGAACCGCUGCUUCCCCCUGUUCAUGGUGCUGGCCUGGGUCUACUCUGUGUCCAUGACUGUGAAGAGCAUUGUGCUGGAGAAGGAGCUGCGCCUCAAGGAGACUCUCAAAGCCAUGGGGGUCAACAACGGCGUCAUUUGGUACACGUGUUUCAUCGACUGCUUCAUCAUGAUGACUGCGAGCACGGCGCUGCUCACCUCCAUCAUCAUGGGUGGAAAGGUGCUGAAUUACAGCAACCCUGUCCUCGUCUUCUUCUUCCUGCUGACUUUCACUGUCGCCACCAUCAUGCAGUGUUUCCUGAUGAGUGUUUUCUUCAACAAGGCCAACCUGGCGGCUGCCUGCAGCGGCAUCAUCUACUUCACCCUCUAUCUGCCGCACAUCCUCUGCUUUGCCUGGCAGGACCGCAUCACCAAAAACAUGAAGUUGGCUGCUAGCUUGUUGUCUCAAGUGGCCUUUGGCUUCGGGACAGAGUACCUGUCGCGGUAUGAGGAGCAGGGCUUGGGUCUGCAGUGGGACAACAUUCAGACCAGCCCGUUGGAGAAAGACACCUACUCCUUCCUCACCUCCAUCCUAAUGAUGAUAUUUGAUGCUGUCCUUUAUGCCACCCUGGCCUGGUAUCUGGAUAAUGUUUUCCCAGGACAGUAUGGCAUUGGUCGACCAUUCUAUUUCCCAUUACAGCUAUCAUAUUGGCAAAGUCCUGCGCCUUCAUACACAGAAACGGCGGGUCAAGAUCCUGGGAGACCUGAACCAGACAACGUGCAAAACGAUGUCGAGAGCAGGUGCACACCAGAGAUAUACACCUGUAACGGUUCGGCCAGCAGGAAGACCUGUAAGCACCAAAGUAAGAGGGAUCGACUGGAGAGAGAGAAGGAGCUGCUGAGACAACAGGAGGAAACCCCGAACCAGGAGGACGAGGCUCAGGACUCAGGGGUGGAAGGUCAGGUGUUCUUUGAGGCAGAACCAUCGGGCCUGGUGAUGGGGGUGCAGAUUCAGGACCUGGUGAAGGUGUUUGAUGGGAGCUCACGUCCAGCUGUCAACUGUCUCAACAUCAAUUUCUAUGAGGGCCAGAUCACAUCCUUCUUGGGGCACAACGGGGCUGGAAAAACCACAACUAUGUCCAUCCUGACCGGCCUGUUCCCUCCUACAUCUGGCACCGCCUACAUUAAUGGUAGAGACAUUCGGACCGACAUGGACAUCAUCCGCUCAUCCAUGGGGAUGUGCCCUCAGUACAACAUCCUCUUCAAACACCUUACAGUGGAGGAGCACAUCCUGUUCUACUCACUGCUGAAGGGUCGGACUCAGGCGGAGGCAGAGAGGGAGGUGGAGGACAUGCUGGUGGACCUUGGCCUGCCUCACAAGAGGGAUGAUGAGGCUCAGAACCUCUCAGGUGGUAUGCAGAGGAAACUGUCAGUUGCCAUGGCGUUUGUUGGGGGGUCAAAGGUCGUGAUCUUGGACGAACCCACCUCCGGAGUGGACCCGUAUUCCAGGAGAUCCAUUUGGGACCUGCUGCUGAAAUACAAAGCGGGCCGGACGGUGAUUCUGUCCACUCAUCACAUGGACGAGGCCGACCUGCUGAGUGACCGCAUCGCCAUCAUCUCCAAAGGACAACUGCACUGUUGCGGAUCCCCCCUCUUCCUCAAGAACUGUUUUGGAGUCGGUUUCUAUUUGACCCUUGUGCGCCGGAUGAAGGAUCUCAAGAAGAAAGAGAAUGAUUGCGACUGUGCCUCAGACUGCUCCUGUACCUGCUCCAUCUGCACCAGAUACAAAGAUCAGUCUCAGAACCCGUCCCAGCAUCUAGACAGAGUUCUGGAUGGGGACAUAGACAACAUCAGCAGCCUCAUCCACCACCACGUCCCCGAAGCCAAGCUGAUCGAGGUGAUCGGCCAGGAGCUGACCUAUCUGCUCCCCAAUAAGGGCUUCAAACACCGAGCGUAUGCCAGCCUGUUCAGGGAGCUGGAGGAGACGCUUGCCGACAUGGGCCUCAGCAGCUUCGGCAUCUCCGAUACGUCACUGGAGGAGAUAUUCAUAAAGGUCACUGCAGAUGGAGAAGCACAGAAUAAUGCCACCACUCCCGAACAGUGGAUGUUACAGCAGAGAAAGAACAACGGCAAAAUCGGUGACGAAGAACACAAUGGCACGAUGCAGACUAACGGCAUUGCCCGCGGUGCUUCAGACAGCAGUGCAGGGAAGGGCUCCCGGCAGGUGAAAGGGGCCGCUCUGAUCCUGAAACAGUUCCACGCUCUGCUCGUGAAGAGGUUUCACCAUGCCACACGGAGCCAGAAGGACUUCAUGGCGCAGAUCGUCUUUCCUGCCAGUUUCGUCCUCAUAGCUCUGAUCUUCACCAUGAUCGUCCCUCCGUUUGGAGAGUAUCCGAGUCUGACCCUGAGCCCCUGGAUGUACGGCCAGCAGUUCACCUUCUUCAGCAACGAGCAACCAUUUGACCCCAAAAUGAAGCACUUCAUGGAGCGUUCACUGAACGCUCCGGGUUUGGGCACACGCUGCAUGGAAGGAGAACCACUGGGAAUGCCCUGCGGUAACAGCACGUCAGAGUGGUACCAGCCUGACGUCUCUCCUGUGGCCAGCAACAUCUUACAGAGUCCCGAGUGGAGCCAGAGAAACCCGUCUCCUUCCUGUCAGUGCAGCACCAGUAAGAAGCUCACCAUGAUGCCCGUUUGUCCCGUCGGGGCGGGAGGCCUGCCCCCUCGCCAGCGAAUGGAGGCCACUGGAGACACGUUGCUGGACCUGACGGACAGAAACAUCUCUGACUACCUGGUUAAAACCUACCCCAGUCUCAUCAGGACCAGUUUGAAGAGCAAAUACUGGGUGAAUGAACAGAGGUAUGGAGGUUUGUCGGUGGGAGGACAGCUUCCCAUCCUGGACGUCAAACCCAAAGACAUCCAGGAUGUUUUCCACCAGCUGGGACGAAUGCUCAACAUCACAGCGGGCCGCUACUCCACACUCGCACUGAGGGAGAUUGGUCCUUUCUUACGAUACAUGGAGAGUGAAUUCAAUAUAAAGGUAUGGUACAACAACAAAGGCUGGCACGCCAUGGUGGCCUUCAUGAACGUGGCCAACAACGCCAUUCUGCGGGCCUUCCUCCCUCCGUCCGCCAGACCUGUUGAGUUUGGCAUCACGGCUAUGAACCACCCUCUGAACCUCACCAAAGAGCAGCUUUCUGAAGUCACAGUGUUGACCACUUCAGUGGACGCCGUGGUGGCGAUCUGUGUUAUUUUUGCCAUGUCCUUCAUCCCCGCCAGCUUCGUCCUCUACCUCAUCCAGGAGCGUGUGACCAAGGCCAAACACCUGCAGUUUGUGAGUGGGGUCAGUCCUGUGGUGUACUGGGUGGCCAACUUCUUCUGGGACAUGGUUAACUACUCUGUCAGCACUGCAAUGGUGGUUGGCAUUUUUAUGGCUUUCGACAAAAAAUGUUACACAUCACCAUCCAACCUGCCAGCGCUAAUAGCACUGCUUCUGCUGUAUGGGUGGUCCGUGACGCCCAUGAUGUAUCCCAUGUCCUACAUAUUCAACAUCCCGAGCACCGCAUACGUGUCCCUGUCCUGCAUCAACCUGUUCAUAGGCAUCAACAGCAGUGCCAUCACCUUCAUCCUGGAGCUUUUUGAAAACAACCGGUCUUUGCUGAUGUUCAAUGAGUGGCUGAAGAAAGGCCUGCUGGUGCUCCCUCACUUCUGCCUUGGGCGAGGACUGAUAGACAUGGCCAUGAACCAGGCUGUUACUGAUGUUUAUGCCAGAUUUGGGGAAGAGUACACCAAGGACCCUUUCCGGUGGGACUUUGUGGGGAAAAAUGUUGCUUUCAUGGCAGUGGAAGGCUUUGUCUUCUUUAUUCUCAAUCUUCUGAUCCAGUACCGGUUCUUCUUGGACCACUGGUUUUCAGACCACAAGCAAACUUCGACAGAAGAUGAGGACGAUGACGUGGCAGCAGAGAGGCAGAGGAUUUAUGAGGGAGGGAGCAAGACUGAAGUCCUGCAGAUCAGAGACCUCUCUAAGACGUAUGUGGGCAGGAAGAGGGCAGCUGUGGACCGGAUUUGUGUUGGUGUCCCUGCAGGAGAGUGCUUCGGUCUCCUGGGAGUUAAUGGAGCUGGAAAGACGACGACCUUCAAAAUGCUGACCGGUGACAGUGAUGUUAGCUCUGGGGACGCGACUGUGGCUGGCUACAGCAUCCUGACAGAGAUUCUGGACGUGCACCAGAACAUGGGCUACUGCCCUCAGUUUGAUGCCAUCGACGAGCUCCUUACUGGCAGGGAGCAUCUGUACCUGUACGCUCGUCUCAGAGGGGUACCUGAGUCAGAGAUUCCCAGAGUGGCAGAGUGGGGCAUCCAGAAGCUGGGUCUGACGGAGUAUGCCGGCCGCUGUGCAGGGACCUACAGUGGAGGCAACAAGCGCAAACUCUCCACAGCCAUCGCAAUGAUUGGCUGCCCAGCGCUGGUGCUGCUGGACGAGCCCACGACGGGCAUGGACCCCCACUCGCGACGCUUCCUGUGGAAUGCCAUAAUGAGCGUCAUUCAGGACGGCAGGGCCGUGGUGCUGACAUCACACAGCAUGGAGGAGUGCGAGGCCCUCUGCACUCGACUGGCCAUCAUGGUCAAUGGGACCUUCAAGUGUCUGGGUACCAUCCAGCAUCUCAAAUACAAAUUCGGUGACGGCUACGUAGUUACCAUGAAAAUCAAGGCAGCUAAAGCGGGCUCGUCCCCUGAUCUGGAGCCUGUCGAGAGCUUCAUGGAGAGCAGCUUCCCUGGCUGCGUUCAGAGGGAGAAGCACUACAACACGCUGCAGUACAAGAUCGCCUCCUCCUCCCUUGCUAGGAUAUUUCAACUGGUGGUGGCCAACAAACAGAGACUCAGCAUCGAAGAUUACUCUGUUUCCCAGACAACACUGGACCAGGUGUUUGUCAACUUUGCCAAGCAACAGACAGGUGAGGACGAGGACAUUACGUUACACAGGCGAACAGCAGGAGGAAGGAAAGACAUCAAGAUCUCGCCAGUGCAAAGGAAAACAUGAACCUGUCACCUUCACGGGAAGACGGAUGUAAAGCUGCUAGAUGCCACCUCGGGUUAUGCAGUGAGAAGAAGAGCUGAAAGACUUUUUCCCUCCCACAGUAACUCCACUGACCUCCUCUGAGGAGCUCAGAAAGCUUUUGCAGGUCGGUGGAGUGGCUCAGAGAAACAUUUGCAUCGGUGCCAAGGCGACGCUGUGCUGAGAGGUUUGUCACAACCUGGAUUUAUCUGACACACGGUCCAAUUACUGUUCUCCUGCCGCAAGUCGUGGCGUCAUUGCCUCAGGCUGCCCACUACGCUGAAUUUCAUUGGCUGCCCUCAAAGAAACAGAGGGAUGAUGGCACCGUGCAGUCCGGGGCUGCUAAUGAAUCCUCUGGUGUGGAUCUCUUGCUCCUCUCCCUCCCCAUAUGGUCAUCUGGACGAGGCUGAUGAGUGUGAAUAUUGUCGCUGUGGGAGAGCAAACGAGUCAUACAGUAACAGACCGUGAUGUAUCCCUGUUUGUGUACCGCUGAAUCCCAAAAAGAAAAGCCUCAGAGCACAUGCAAUCGAAUUACUGAAGAAGCUAAAGUGAAGGUUUUUGGGGAGGAUAAGAGAUACUUUAAACUGGGAGGCCGUUAUGACCGUGUGAUGGAAACGUCCUCCCUGACUGAGAGGAGGUUUGAAGUGUGAUCGACAAGUUUGGGGUCGAGUCAGCCGUCAGGUCCUGCCAUACAUCAGUGAACAGCUGUUGCUCUCAUUAUUACACCCCCAUCCCCACCCCCAUCCCCACCCUCACCCCCACCACCACCGGCUGUGGCAAGAACUCAUUCUGUUUGAACUGCUGAAAAUAUUAAUUGUUGACUUCAUUCAGACUCCUUGGCUCUGUAUGUGUUAUUUUGACAACGAUCCAUCACCUCUGUCCGCUAAGUACCUGAAAUGUGAAUUUAAUGAAGUCUGAUGAAAUGUCAGCUCGAUUGUGUUAAUGAAGCCUGAACACACUCGCCAAGCAGAACAGCUACAAAAGUGAAUGUGACCUCUAUAUAUUAUACACGCAAAUAUUACAGUAAUUAGCCAAAAUGAUUAUAUAUUUAGGCUUAAAUUAAUGAUAAACUGCCCAAUUCACGUUGCUGAAACUAACCAAGAGAGGUUCAUUCACACUAUACACUGUGACACUGCAAUAUAGAUUUUACAAAGGAUGAAACAUGAACA